UGUUUAGGUCAUGAUGGGUGUAAUGUUCCCUUCUUGAAGUGAUGUGCCACCUCAUGAGUGCCUAUAUAAAACCCUAACUUCCCUUGGUCAUACUAUCAAUUCAUCUUAAGCCUUUUGCUUCUUUUAUAUUCUCUAUUCUCUCUAUUAUUGCUCAUCUUUUUUCUCAUUUGAUCUUCUUCAAAUUCAUAAGCAAAUUAAACCAAUUUAAUUAGCAAAAUGGCUUCUCAAGUUUGUGAAACUUUUCCUUGUGAUGUGGAAAUCAAGGGUGAUCUUCUCAUGUCACUAAUGGAAGAGUUACCAUGUGAUGAGAGUAAUGAUGAAAGGUUAGAUAGUUUGAUAAGAUCUUUUGAGGCUGAAAUAAGUGAAAGCAAGAUUGGUGGCCAUGCUAAUUCAACAUGUUUAGGAUCACAAUUGAAGAGCAAUUUUGAAGAAUAUUAUGAUGAAUCAUGGAACAUAGGACAAGUGAUGGAGGAGGGACAAGACUUUGGGGUUGAGUGGGUGGAUAUGGAUUUGAUGACAUCCUUCCAAUUUGAUGAUGGAAGUUGGGAAGCAAUUGAAUCUUGUGGACAUGAGAAAGAUGUGAUGGUUGACCAUUUAAUGGUUUGUGAUGAUGGGUUUGAUAUGGAAGAACAUGCUUACAAUUCCUUUUGGCAAGAUAGCUAUGAGAUGGGGUUGGUGCAUUAGUUUGCUAUAUAGGUCAUGUAUAGACUACAGUCAUGUUUUGUAAUUAAUUCUCAAUCUUUUCUUUUUUCUAUUUGUAGUUGGGAUGAGAUUAUAUGCAAAAAGAGUUUAUGAAUUUGGAUAUCAAAA